AUGGGACCAUCUAUCCGCUCACUCCCGCUCCCCACACUGCUGCUGCUACUGUUCCAUGGUGUCCAUGGGAACAGCCUGCCAACAGUGUGUGGAACCCCUAAAGUAAGUGGGAGAAUUAUAGGAGGGCAGGAUGCCCAGGAAGGACAGUGGCCAUGGCAGGUCAGCCUAAGGAUCCUCACAGGGCGACAUAUCUGUGGAGGCUCUCUCAUUCAUCCGAGCUGGGUGCUGACUGCAGCUCACUUUUAUCAGCCCUUCAGCUGCUCUGGUCUUUAUUUCCCUUCUAGUUUCCAGCAGCCCUCAUUCUAUCAAGUCAGGUUGGGAGAGCUGAAGCUGUAUACAGACUCAACCAAUUCCUCCUUUGCAUCUGUGAGAAGAAUCAUCAUUCACCCUUCCUACAAAUGGGGAAGCAAUAACCUCAAAGGGGACAUUGCACUGCUACAACUAGACUCCUCCUCUCAGAUCACCCCUGUUUGCCUCCCAGCACCCCAGACCCAAUUCGUUAAUGGCACUCUGUGCUGGGUGACUGGGUGGGGAAAAACCAACACAGCAGAUGUUUCCUGGGUUUUGCAAGAAGUCCAGGUCGCCCUGAUUGAUGCCCAGACUUGUGAUGCCCUAUACCAUAUCAAUAACCCCACGGCUUCAGGACAACCCCUGGUUUUGGAUGACAUGAUCUGUGCUGGAUAUGAGCAGGGCCAAAAAGAUGCCUGCCAGGGUGACUCUGGAGGCCCCCUUGUCUGUAAGGAGAAUAAUACCUGGUUCCAAGUUGGAGUGGUGAGCUGGGGAGACGGUUGUGCCCUACCCAACCGGCCAGGAGUUUAUGCCUGGGUUCAGGCUUACACAGAUUGGAUUGAAACCACCAUCAACUUUGCUCCAGAUGGUCUUUCAGGGCCUGCCUAUCCUACUGUGCUGCUGACACUGGUUCUUCUCAGUGUUCAAUGA